AUGACCGACUACUCGCUCCCGUUCGGGGUCCACCUCUAUUUCACAGGAACCUUUGGGAGCCGCGAGGUCACAGAAGACUCGUUCCGAAACUUAGUCACGCAGAUCACCACCACGCCAAUCAAGACUAUCGAGGAGCUCUGGCGUGUCGUCGAUAACAUCCCGUCGUUUUUGGAUGCCAACGAUGGGUUCACUUACUACUGGUUCAAGGAGGGGAAGAGCGUCACCUGGGAGAGUGAAGACAACUCUAACGGGGCGGUCUAUUCGUACAGUCACGAAGAAGACGAGCAGCUGAUCAAAAGCAAUCCUCUGCACUGGGCACAGGUCAAGGCAGAUCUGGAGGGCCGGGCCUUGGCGCUUCUGAGCCUCUUUGUUGGCUGCUCUUUGCCUGAGUUUACCGACCUUGUCAACGGGCUGCUUUUCAAGGUGCGGCGAACGAGAAUCUCAUACGAGCUUUGGCUUCAUAAGGAGCCCUCUCCCGACGAGAGGAGGCUACUUGAUCAGUGUUUAUCAGCUGCACUGCAGAUAGAUGGCGCCAAGGCCAGGCAUAUACACUUGAAAACUACGCGCGAUCUAAUAUCCAGAAGCCAGACAUCUUCCAGGCGGUCAUCAAGGGCUCCCUCUGAGGAACGGUCACGAACGCACAAACGCUCACGGUGA